AUGACAGUCGUGAUCGAUGCCCUCGAUGAACACGCGGGAGACCAGGACGUCACAGCGGCUAUCAAGUUACUGUUACAGAAGGAUCCUCCAGCAGUCUUCGUACUCCCUUUUGACUCGAACAAGCUUACUGUUGAAGUUGAUGGGGAUGAAGCUGCCAAUGUCUCGAAGACCCUCGCGCGCUGCACCAACGUGCAGCUGGACAGCUGCUCUAACAGUGGCGUCGAGGCCGUGCUAAAUGCCGUUAAUAAUGCUGUCGAACUUGCUAGGGAUGCUGCCGAUGCUGCUCCUGCUGGUUUACUGCCACUACUCCCGUCCCUCUACAUCCGACUCUGGCGGAACUACCCUAGGGUUAACGAGAUUGCCACCUGCGAUGCCUUCUACGAUCUCCCUGCGGUUGCCAAUUCUUGCUAUGAUCAGGACCAAAUUGGUGUUACUGUUUAUGAAUUCACUCAUGCUUCAGCAAUCGCCGACCCUCCAACUCGCGACAUUGCUAUCGGAUACUCUGCGUCUGUCGCUUUUUCUGCUGCCCAGGCUCUAGAGAAUGCAGAUUCUUACCGUGCUCGCCUCAACUGGACUGAUGAGGAUGCUAUGCUGUCUAUUCAUGACGUUGUCGAUGAAACUGCGUCGUCGAUUGAUGGAAAGUAUAUCGCUGAUUUGUAA